AAAUUAUAAACAUUACCAAACAUAUCAUUCACAUUAACAGAUUUUCAAAAUUAAAAAGAAAAGGUAAAAAGCCGUUGUAAAACAAGCUGGGCGGUUUCAGUCCAACAGCAACAAAGCGAAGGCAUAUGCUGUCGUUCAAAUGAAAUAGACUCUCUCUCUCUAGAAGAACUUUUCCCUUCUCUCACCCUCAAGAUCUCUCAAAUCAAACCUCCCUAGAAUUUUCCAUUCCAUUUUCCCAUCAAGCAAACAGGCAAGAAAACUUAAACGCAAAUUAAAAAAACAGGAAAUGGACAAAGUGGUGGAAGAAGUGGAGAAGACAAAGAAAGAUGGAUCCAAGAGCAUAUAAAGGAGAUUCAGGAAUAUGGGAAAUCAACAAUGGGGGAAACUAAGAACAAAAAUUUAUUGCCCAGAUUAACUGGGUUGGCUCAAGAUGUUUUGGCUUUGCUUAAUUCAUUGCAGUUUAAUCUUGAUCUUCUUGCUCCACAGCUUCCUACAGAUGAAGAGGUCCAGUCUGCUACAUCUUUACUUGAAACUUGGAGAAGUCAAUGCCAAAGGUUAAUUUAAGCCCCUUUUUUUCCUCUCUUGAUUGGAAAAUUUUGAGUUCUUUUAAAGCAAAGAUGUAAUUUUUUUGGUUAUUUGCUUUUGGGUUUUCAGUUCUUGUUUUAAAAAAUUGAAAAUUUGUAAUCCCAAUGUUAAUGGUUUUAUUUUUAAGCAAAGCUUGUUGCUAGUGUUUUAAUUGCAGUUAAAUGUUCGGAUAGGACUUGAUUGUUAUUUCUGAGAUAUGUUUGAGAUUGAGUCUGAGGAAUGCCAAUUUGCAAGCAAUGGAUAAUACGAGGAAAACUGCUCAGAAAGAGGACAAAGGCUGGAAUGACAUCUGCAGCAGAAACCAUCACAGAAAGCCUUGGCGGUACCCGUCAAUUGAUGGUUCAGGACGUAGAGAGAAGCAGAAGCAUGCUCAUGACUUUUGGUUUGCUUAGGAAUCUGAGAAGAGUAUUCUUUAUUGGUUUGGCAAAUUUGGUUCAGAUUUAUGAAGAACAUAGACUGGUGUUUUGCAUGUGUAGAGGAAUCAAUGGGAGUGUUAAGGAAGGCUGAAAGUGAAUAUAAGGGGCACCGCUUAUUGUUAAUGCGAGCAUGGAAUCUACUGUCCACAAUGCA